AGCCUAGAUGAGCACUUGGAUGUAGACUCACUAGUUAAAGAAGGAUCUUCAAAUGACCGCGAGUCUGUUCUUUUAUCAAUCUGGAGCGUCUAUCUUGAUUGGGCAGUCUCAGCCAGUAGGAAAAAGGCCUACACGGGACCACCACCGCUGGCACUAUCUGGACAGGCAAGAGACGGUGCGAAAGUAGCCGUACAGCUCCCCUCGGCUACCCAAGACCAUUGUAAACUUCUUCCAUCAGAAGUCAUCUGCCUUAUGGAACGCGCGGUUACAGCUCUUUGUCUGCAUGAGUGUAUUUGGCUCCGGUUUGUCGAUUUCCUGGAGGCAGACGUAUCCUCCGACAUAGAUCGACUAGUGCGUGUCCUACGUCGGUCAGUUCGAAACUCACCAUGGUCCCUAGGUUUGUGGCUGCGCCUAGGGCUGGCAAUGGAACUGUUGGCUGAGACAAGUCCAAACCCAGUUAUUAACGGAAUCACAUUAGAUGCCGAAUCUACCCACUUUGGAGUCUCGAAUGUAUCAGUCUUCUCUCAGGUUGAAGAGGUUUUUGAGGAAGCACUGGCCAAUCCCGCCCUGGCGGCAAGCGGAAGUCCCGGCACUUUGAUAUCCCUCUGGUUUGGUUUUAUUGACUUUCGUGUCCGACGUUAUCUGGCUGCAUGUCAAAGUACCAAGGAUGGUGCUCAAGAUAAAGCCCUUCUAUGUAAGAGAAAUAGCUAUAUUUGCUUACGUUUUAACUAUUUUUUUCUAUCAAUUUAA